AAGUACUCAAGUAAGGUAGUCUUAGUAGAUGACACGUUUGAAUCGAAGACCUGUUUAUAGAAACAACAGUUUACACUCAGGAAAGGACAAACUCGACGCUGCGAUCAUGGCUGAGGAACAAGGACAAGUGAGCACCGAAAAGCCAGUACUCACUAAGGCUAAAGAAGACGAGUACCGAGAGUCUUUCAACAUGUUCGAUAAAAAUGGUGACGGUUCCAUCUCAUGCAGCGAGCUGAGGUUAAUCAUGCAGGGGCUAGGUUCGAACCCGUCCGAGGAAGAUAUACGUUCAAUGAUUAAGGAGGUCGAUACGGAUGAAAGUGGGGUGAUAGAAUUUAAAGAGUUCUGUGAUAUGAUGAUGAAACAAGGAGACAAAAAUAAAGACGACGAUUUACUCGAGGCCUUCAAAAUGUUCGACAAGGAUGGCAGUGGGUUUAUCGAUGUAAACGAACUGAAGGACGUCAUGAAGAACAUCGGUGAGAAACUGACUGAUGAGGAGGCGAUGGAAAUGAUACGUGAAGCCGAUUUAAAUGGUGACGGAUCAAUUGAUUAUAAUGAAUUCGUCAAAAUGAUGUCAUAAUUGAAAAGAUAUUUCUUUUAUAUGAAUGUCACUGGCAUUAUUUUUAAAAAACAUCUGUUGAGACUAUCCGCUCUUUUCUUUCAAAUACACAUACAUUAAUUAAAUGCAUCACACUAGAAAAUAUGACAAAGAACAAUGAUUUAAUGAUUGCCUUUGAUUAAAGCACAAGUGUUGGUAGUUAUUCCAACGGUCGGGUUUCAAGCCAAAAACUACACAUCACAAAAUCCAUCUUAGGAUAGUAUAUCUCUGUGAGAUGGUAUUUAAUGUAACUUCUUAAGAAGAAGAAAAAAACCGAAGAACAAAAUUACUUGACAACGCGACAGGACAGGGGAACGUUAACUACCUUAACUCAACCAAUAAAAAAAUAACUAUAUAAGAAGGGGAUACAUGCUGAAAGAGUAAUAAAUAUAGCUCGAUCGAGUCUGGAAGUAUCGGAAAACUGUCGUGAUUGAACACAGUCGAAAUGCAGGGAAGUCAAGCGUGUUGAUAGGGCUCACCAACAGAAGAGAAGAAAACCAUGGAAAUUCGUGUUAAGAUAUGUUACUUUUUAAUAUUUCUAUCGUUUUACAUUGUUGUGCUUGGUUUCUUAAUGUUUGUGCCUGAAAGUGACAGAUACCAUUGCUUUAGGACAAAAAUAAUAUCACUAUUACUGCUUUGCCAAUAACGUUAGAGUGCCCAAAAAUGGAAAACUCUUUAAAUAUAUGUCUUUUAAAAUAUAUUGAUUUAGUUUCCUGAAAACUAAAUCAGUCACUAUAAGGAAACACCAGAUGCAUUUACCUUUCAUUUUGUGUAUUUCUGAACUAUCACAAGCACGCGUGUCUAUUUAUAGAGCUUAAAAAUGAGUCAGGUUCACUUAAAACUUUCAGCUUGUAUGGAACUGAAAAUGAAACACCUCCUCCUAUGACUUUGUUUACUGACAGCAUAAAGCGUUUCUUUUUCAUCAAGUUAUAACUCUCUCUGAUAACUUUCAAUCAUUUAUCCAUAAAAUUUUCAUUUGAAAAAAAUACUUAUCAGUGUUUAGAAUUGUGAUAGGCUAUCAAUAUUGUCGCAUCGUACAACUUCCUUGAUAUUAUUUUUUCAUUUCAUUUUUAAUUGUUUUUCAUCUGAGAUCAAAAUACAAAAGGUAGGUAGACAGAAUUAACUCCAAUUGCCAAAAAACUAUUUUUUAGACGAUUUUCAUUUAGAAUAGAUAACAUUAAUUAAUAUUGCAAACUAAAGAUGUUGCAGCAUAUAUUUGAAAAGUGUUGCAUUUUAGGUACCGUUGCGUUUUGGGCAGCGAUGCAUUUUGGGAACACCCACGUUAUAUUUUAAUUUGAAAUAUUACACAUCUACCAACUGACACAAUGGAUCAGAAACAUUAUGGAUUGUGGCGGUCAAGAUAUUCAACCGAAUAUUUGAUACAAUUGUAUACGUGUGAUGAGUGUUACAACCAAUUCGAAAACGUUACAACUACAACGGAAAAUGUGGCACUAGUAAUAGAAAUAUUUGGAUGAAGCAUUAUCGGUAUAAUACUCAAUAUCAUUAACAUAAUAUGAUUUUGUACAUAAACAAAUAAAUGAUUACUGC